UGACGUCGCCGCGUUCCUGCUGGCCCCGCCCACCUCCCUCAGUCUCAGCGCCUCCUUAAUUGGACGCCAGUGACAUCAUCAACCCUAUUUACCUUAUUAGGUCACGCAUGAAAUUGACUGACAGGUGGCUCCUCCUCCUCUCAUCCCUCCCACUAUCGCGCCGGUCGCCUGGAUUGCAGCGCGGGUCCAGUCUGCUGCUGCUGGAGGAGCAAACCUGGCAACCUGGCAGCUUGUACGGAGAACCGAUUGGCAAUCUGGCAAUGCGGAAAUAGAUCUGGCACCCCACCGGAGCCCCGGACUGAGGAGAGGAGAGGAGAGGCGUGACGGAGCGAGCACAGAGAGAGAGAGGAGAGAGGGGAUAUUGCAUUAUUGACAAAGAUAAAAUAUAAUAAUCAACUCUUUCUUUUUGCUAUUUUUUCUUUUUUUUUUAUAAAUUAAAGUGCUCAGGUGCGCUCAUCUGGGGUUUUUUUUGUUUUUCCAACCUGACAAGUCUGAGAAGAAGAAGGAAAAGAAGUGCGUUUUUUAAUUUGGAUUCCCGGACUUCUUUUUACUGACUUUUUUUCCUUGUUGUUGUUUUUUUUUUUGCAUCAAGCAUGGAUGUGUUGGCGAAUUACAGUAUUUUCCAGGAACUCCAACUCGUUCAUGACACUGGGUAUUUCUCUGCGAUGCCUUCCCUGGAGGAGAACUGGCAGCAGACAUGUCUAGAGUUGGAGCGAUACCUGCAGACGGAGCCCAAGCGACUCUCGGAGCUCUUUGACGAGGAGCUGGACUGUCUCUUAACGCCUACCUUCAUGCAAGGUGGAGACAGUGACGAGGACCUGAUGGACCCCCUCCUCCCCAGCCUCCCCGACCAGCCGAGCCCGCCUCCACUACUGGUAACUCUCCCCAAGGUCCAGGCCAAAAUCCUCCAGGUGCCCAAGACCCAGGCAGAGGUCGGGACCGAAACUCUCACGCCAAAGGACCAAGUCCUGGCAGGAGUCAGCGCCGCACAGCUCAGCGCCGCCGUUACAUCCCUAACGCCGCCAUCGUCACCGGAGCUCGGCCGCCACCUCAUCAAAUCCACACAAACACUGACCGCGACGGCAGACGGCACGCUAACGCUCAAAUUUGUGGCGAAGAAGGUCGGGUUGGGGGCGGCCAAACUGGUGGCGGCGCGAGCGUUACCGUCGCCGCCGGGCCGAGGAGGAGCCCUCAGCGACGGCGAGCAGGGAGGAGGAGGAAGUCUGGGAGGAGAAGUACCAGAGAACAAAAAGAGAGUCCACCGAUGCCAGUUUAAUGGCUGCAGGAAGGUUUACACCAAGAGCUCCCAUCUGAAGGCACAUCAGAGGACUCACACAGGUGAGAAGCCCUAUAAGUGCUCAUGGGAGGGCUGCGAAUGGCGUUUUGCCCGCAGUGACGAGUUGACGCGACACUACCGCAAACACACCGGAGCGAAGCCAUUCAAGUGCAACCACUGCGAGAGGUGUUUCUCUCGGUCGGACCACCUGGCCCUGCACAUGAAGAGGCACAUCUGAGGGCAAAAAGAAAAGGAGUGGGAGAGGGGAAGAAGCAGGAGGAGAAAAGAGGAGGAGGAGAGAUAGGAGGAGAGAGGGAUGGGCAGUCGAGCUACCAACCGCCCGCCUCGUUCACCCCGUCCAUAAACCAGUCGGCGGCCAUGACGCCUGCAGGGCAGCGCAUCCAUCUGAGGGGUCCAUGAAGAUCAAACGGACUGACGGCCCUCUCACUGGACGCGGGGAUUGGAGGAAAACGAGGAGUAGCUAGAUUGUUGUUUUUCUUUAAAAUUACACAUUCACACACUUGCAAUAGUGAACACUCAACACAACCGUCUUUGAAUGCAUCAUCCCGGUGAACCCCGGCUGCUCUCACGCGGCUCUGGGGGCUUGGACACUGCCAAACCAACAUAUACUACUUAACUUGCUUGAUUAAACAUAACGCCGCCUUUUUUUCUUUCUCUGUAAUCAGUGUGUUUAAACCAUUAAGUCACUGUAGGUGAGGAGAUAGCUCAGUGGUGAAACUUUAAAUAUCCAUAUAGUCAGUUGUUAGUGCUUUACCGGCUUUUGAAAUCACAUACUCAACUUUUUUCAUAGUUUUUUAAUGUUUCUCAUACACGGAACAUAGGAAACCAUCAUCUGCCGCAGUCAGCUUCAGUAAUCUAUGUGAAGAAAACGACAACAAACAACAAAUCUGCAGGAGAGAGACUGUACGGAUUGACUUCCAGCAUAGCUGACAAUCGUACCCAGGGCUCAGACGCCGGGUGUUCUCGGUGCACCCAUGGGACCUCGGGGUCAGCGAGUGCUGCUGCAGCUCUCAGGCUCUCCUCCAGUGGGUGUUUGCAUCUCUCACCUUCACUGAGACGCCUGCCGCCUCCGCAGGCCAUCUGACAGAAAUGCGCAGCGACACUUUCUUCCCUUUUUUUCUACUUAGAGGACGAUAAUUCUUCUUAUUGUUGUUAUUACAAAGAAAUGACACUUUGUUCUUUUCUCUCUUGGAGAAAAAUGUCUUAAAACUCACUGAAUUGUGUUUGAGGAAAAAAACGAACUGAAAAUCUAAGAUGACUUCAACAGAAUGUGUGGGAUGAGAAGGAGAGCGUUGUUGGUCUUUUAAUCCCCAUGUGCACCGGCUCUGCUUCUGCAGUCUGUACGCAACCAGUGGAUGAACAACAAAAAAAAAAAAAAACAGAAUCAUACCAACUCUUAAGAAAAAGGGAUUUGUAUUUUUUUGGACUAAAAUAAAAGCAGAGUAGAGAGGUCUUCAGUUUUUUUGUGCUGCUCUUUCUGCCCUGCGAUUCACUCUAGCUGAAAAACAAAACCUUUGCGUGACCCUUUGUGGUCUCGCACUCUACCGGAAUCAGGCGGAGGACUCGCUAAAGAAUGGAAACCUGUUUUGUUUUUUUUCUUCUUUCUUUCUUUGCUUUUUGUUGAUUCUGAGUCAUCCAGGAGCUCUUUCACAGACUCUGAGAUCUCAUCUCGCCGGCAGCACUGCAGGGCAUGAACGGAAGCUGAGGAGCUGCUUUUGUGGUUACUCGCGUGGGACUUAAGACGCCAACCGACCUUUGUGUGGUGGUGCCGAACAGACACGGUCAUGUCGGCCCGGUCAAAUUUGCCUGUUUCGUAUCCAUUGACUGCACUGACUUUUUUUUUCAAUGUUAUCUGUGCUUUUUUUUCUACAGCGAAAAAAGGAACACAAAGAAAAAAAAAUUCAUAAAAAGACUUGAAAAAAAUACGACACAAAAAACUAUUCUGUCUCGCGCUACACAUUGUAUACAGAACAAGAACACAUUCUCCGUCAGCACACAGACUUCCACUGCAGUUUCUUUGCUCACGGCCUCUCUUGAGAUAAGACUAAUAAGAUUUAGGAAAAUAAUUAUUAAACUAAUGAACAGAGUUGGAAAACAAAACACUGCAUGGCAGGCUUUAUUGCAAACACACACACACACAUGCACCAGCUCAUGUACACACACACACACACACGCACACUCUUCCUGGAAUUAUAUGUUCUGCUCCCAGAUCUUUUUUCACAGUAGGAAUUUAGCAACUGUUGUUUAGUAGAAGAGUAUCUUAGCUCUCAGCUGGAGGUAACAAACGAUUCCAAAUCCUUUGAAGUGAGAAAUCAGCUUGUUCUCAGUUCCAACAAUCACCCACAUAUCCCUCGCUACAGUUUGUGCCUCUCAUUUAAUCAGCGUUUUUACUUCAGAGACUCUGGUUACAAUUGAGGCUAUAAACCACUGUUUUCAUCAAAAAUAAAUAGAAUAAAAGCAGGUUUUUUUAGCAAAACAUUUGAAAACAUGUCGAUAAUCCUCAAAGACCUUUCUAUCCUGCCUCUCGUGUACAGUGAAUUUGAAUGUCUUGACUGAAAAAUCUGGGAAAUCAGUUUUCCAAAUGCUGAAAGUCCUGAAAAAGAAGGCUAAAUUGGCUGAAACAUUGGGGAAAAUCAGGUUUCAUAGGCAAACUGUCGUUGGGAUCACAAGCUCAUCCAACCUUUUCAUGUUUGAUAUUCCCAUACCAUAUGUUUUGUUGUUGGAGGAUUGAGUCUCGUUUCAACACCAGCAUUUAUGUUGAUGAUAUUUUGCACAGAAUUCAAUUAAUUUGAACAGAAUCGUCACAGUGAGAGAAUUAACUCGUGGUAGCAAAGUAAAUCUCAGAAUUUAAAGGGGAACUACGCCCAUUUUCAAAAUUCAUAUAUGUUAUUCCUAUGGUCUAAGACAGUCCCAAAAAUAUAAGUAAACAUGAACAACUCUCUCCCAAAUCCAAAAACUAGGGCACUAAAACUCAGCAGUUCCAGACGUUAUACCCGAUGACAUCACAAGCAUGAGUUUUAGCACUCUAAUUUUUGGAUUUGGGAGAGAGUUGUUCGUGUUUAUCAAUAUUUUUUGGACUGUCUUAGACCAUAGGAAUAACAUGUAUGAAUUUUGAGAAAUGGGCGUAGAUCCCCUUUAACUUUGGCAAACUAAUUUGCAUAAUAAAGAGGUAAAUAAAUACAUGUUAAUGCCAAAGGCCUGUGGGAUGAUUUCAAGCAGCUGUUUGCUAGCUUGCUGGCUAGUAAUACAGCUAACGAACUAGCUAGCUUGUGGAUGUGUGUACAACUCAUGGAUGUAUAAUAAGAACUACUUAUUAUAUACUGGACCCCAAGAGGGCGCCUGUUCAUUCCUCAGAGAAUUGCUCACAAUUGGUGCAUACGGCAAAACGUUUUUUCCAUCUUCUCAGCUAGAGGAAAGUUUCACAGAUAUAAAACCGCCAUUGAUCAAAGAAUUAUAAUAGAAAGAAUCAUAAUUGACCUUGUUUGCAUUUCGAGUUGUGAACAGUUUUACAGACGUCUAUUUUACAAUCGUAGUCUAUGGGGAAAAUGUUUUUUUUGCCACCGUAUCCAGGUCUUAUUGUACAGCCAUGGUACGGUACAACUGCAACAACGAAUGAAGGCUUGCCGCUUUACCACUUCUUGUUGUGACACAGUGCUAAGAGCUUUAUAGGCAUGUCUUCAAAAAACACAUCAUCUGCUGGGCUUUCAAAGCUAAAAUAAAUUGAAUUUGACUGAUCUGAAUGUAAUCACUAACACUAAAAUCUCCAAUGUAAAAAAUGAUAGGCGAAAACUGUGGCGAGCACAUAUCCACGACGCCUGCUUUCUUCGCUUAAUGGUUGCAGAAAAAAAGAAACUCGCUUUGCAAUCAGGGCAUUACUGAUACCGCCAACACUGACAGCCGCUGCUUCAUCCACCCACCACCACCACCACCUAUAUGCCCCGUAGCACAUGCAAACAGUCUAAUACUCGCUGCUGCUGACUGGUGCAGCUGGGUGAGGGUGCAGGGUUCCUGAAGCUAGCGGGGGAUUUCACAUCCUAGCGUGCCCAGUCAUCGUGCCGGUCGGCCUUGCCAGACUUCGUUAGUUGAAACGGUGAAAACAUUUCCCCUUCGAGAGGGUUUAUGGUGCAGCUUCGAACAAUCGAUACCAAAAACCUCCAGCGUGGAACUGCCCUUUAGCCACGGGCAGAGUCUCCUCGGUCAGGAGAGAUCAGCAGGAGACCGCCUCCAUAUGAGGCCUCUGUAUCCAGCGGCAGCUUUCUCUACUAACUCUCUGUUUCUGCUAAAUAUGACGUUAAGCAACCCACACAUUUGAGAUGAACCCAGUGUUUCACUUUUCAUUUCAUUGUUAGGUUUCUGUUACAAAAGCUAUAUCGAUGGUUGUUUUCUUCAGCUUGGAUGAUGCAAAGUCAUGCUAAAAUGUUGAGACAUGCAAUGGGAUGUAAAAGGAGCCCUCCUAAUACAGGAAGUACAAUCAUAGAGGGAUGGGGAUCGUAGCACUUUUGUGAGGCUUUUGAUGGCAUGAAUGUGUAUAUGUGUGUAUGUACUGUAUGUGUCCCCAUUAGGCAUACUGUGAGGGAAACAGUGAUUCAGCAAAAUGGUUGAUAACAGAUUUUUUAACUGCUGAACAUGUGUGGGAGAAAUGUUGGUUGAAACAUUAGCUGUUUGAAAGUGCUUUUAAUCUAACGGCUGACAAUGUGUUCAUUAGGUUUUUAUUCAGACCCUUCAUUUGUUCGUUCAUUCAUUCAUUCAUUCAUACAUACAAGUCAUCUUGGAGCUCGAUGACUUUAGUAAAAGAGGCGAACACUCACUUCGUAGCAUGCUUAAAUCAGACUGAUCUCUGAUGGAUUAGUUUAAAUGACUGAAAUGAUGUUUUCUAGGGGACACUUAUGGCUCAUUAUUUUCUGUUUAUUUUUUAAAUCUCAGAAUUUAUCAGUAUUUAUUCUAAUUAUUGAAAGUGACCAGUGAAAAAAAAACAAUAAUCCAAAUAUCUGGAUGUAAAUCAGAGCUUAAAAAUACCAUCAGCACAAAAACUCUAGUUUAACCAAUUGAUCUGAAUCUUUAAAAAAAAAUACAAUAUUUAUAUGUGAAAACCAAUAAACAACGAAAAAUGAGCCUUAAGUGCACUAUAAAAGGAUUGCGUCACUUUCAGCACAUUUCUGUGUUUUUAGGGAUAACACAUUGAACAAUUGUGCCCCAAACUACCCAGACAUACCAAGUAGUUGAAGACUUUAUAAACCAUUUUAGCGUACAUUUUAAAAUAGUGCUGGCCAGCAUGCAACAAAUACAACUCAUAGUUUCUUCUCCUCUUUAAUUAAAAUCCCUCUUGACAUCCGACAGAUCUCAAAGUCACUUCAGAUACAAUUUGGUUCCCUUCGUGUUGAAGCAGGUUUUUCUGUCACAGUGUCGCUCCGGGUCUCCUGUCGUCUCUCAGGCUCCUCCAGGCCGGCUAGCAGCCGUCCCACAGCUCUGAUUAGCAUUAGCACUCCCGGGUCCUCCUCUCUAGUUGCAGAUCAGCUAAUGAGAUAGCUCUGGGUCACAGGGAAACUGAGUGGUCUGGAGACGAAAAAAAAAAAAACAACAGGGACCUUGAGCCGGACCUAUUCCAGCGCUCCGUACCCAGUGGACAGAUUUGAUGUGGAACAAACAGAAGAUCCCGCUAGCGUGGAGAAAUGCCAGGAGACAGCGAGAUAUUUGUCAGAGAGACUAAACUGUAAGGGAUUUUAAAAAAAUCAUUUACCCACAUGAAUAUCCAAAUCAUUAAAUCAGCCCUUACAUAUUAUCUCAUGGAUUAUAGAUAAAAUUAAUUACCAUUUAUCUGCAAAGGCCCUACAGAUUAAUCCACUGUGUCCCCAAACCCUCCCUCUUCCUCCACAGUUAAAGUGCCAUUCUUGUUUCCCUCCAUCCCUCCAUCCUCUCCAUCCUCACCCCAUCUCUCCCUCUCUGUCCACAGCAGUUGUCCAUGCACUAUCAGCCGCAGGAGUGCUGAAUGCACACUUUACACGUUUUGCCCAAAGAUUUGCAUAUUUGCAAGUUAACUGCUGUGAAUGUAAUAGAUGUAGAGGAAAAGAGCCGGGAGGCAGAGACGCAGAAAAAAGGAGUGUUGGGAUGGAAGGUGGAAGGAGAGGGAUUGUUUUUCUUACAUGAUCGUCCCAUUAAAUCUUAAUUACCGGUACGCUCCGACUCUUCAUGCUUCAUAACAUUCUCAGUCUCUUGUCUACUGUCAGCUGGAGCCAAACUCAUUGCUCACAAAUGUAAAAUAAUGUUCUCAUGGUUUUAUAGGCAGGAGUGAAGAAGCUUUAGUUUUAAGUUAGCUUCUGAGCACACCGCAAAUAGAGUAAUGUGACAUUUCAAAGUCACAGGUGGGACUGGAGUCUUUGGAAAUGACUAUGGAAACCAAUGGUUACCAUUCCCAUACAUCAAAUGGUUGAAGUUCAGUGGAAAUCUAGAGGAGAGGUUCUACCCUUUGAGAUUUUCUAAAGGUGCUUUCACACUGGAAGGUUAGUCCUAAUCUGGGAGUAGUUUGCCUAAAAAAGAAAUUUCAAAUUAAGGUGCAGAAGAAACUGCACCCGAGUCCACCUGAAUGCGGUCGUCUGAAAUUAGUACUAGACAAACUGUAGUACAGUUCAUGUGCAGUCAGAAAGCACUUACCCCCCAAAGAAAAAGCUUGUGCACGUCAUGAGAAAGUUAUUAUUGGCAUUCUCGCAGAAUUCGGAACCAAACCAACAAAACCCAGUGUGAAAACAGCCUUUCGACAUCGUCUUUGACCACAGCCAGUUGUUUGGACACAGUCCUUUGAGUGACCGGGCUUCAGUUUCCACAGUUUUCUACCAUAUCACCCUGAAGAAGGAUUGUCACUUCUGGCAGCUUUUGUAAAUAGCGUGAGAUCUUAACACACGGACCGCUCCGUGUGAAAUUAACCGUAUGUGGAGACGGCACCGUCUCCGACAUUUCAGCGUUUCUAUAGACCUGCUUUAGUUCACGCAAACAUUGCACUACAUGAUCAUACUUAGCUAUCGCACUCUCCAUGUGCACGCACUGCUAGCUUAGUCUGUUGGAGCACUCUGUCAAAUAUCCACUUAACAUUCGUUACACGUCCAGGAUGCACCAAGAGCCCACUCGCGACAGAUCAGAGUGACAUUAUCGACUUAAACCUCCGGUGAAAUUGCCUUUUUCAUCACCGUUAUUCUGGGGGGAGUAUGUUGUACUUUACAAACAUUCAGUCAUGCUGCGACUUGGUUGGACUUUUCUUGGUAUCAGUGGCAUCCCGGAGUGACUCUGUCUGUCUGUAACUACUGUGUUUGUCCAUGCUUGAUGUGUCAGUAUAUAAGAGAUUCACAGAUCUUUACCCCCUCUCCUUGUGUCUGUAUAUUUCACCUCACCCACACCAAAACCCUCUUCACCACAACCACAAGCAGUCAGAGCCCCCUGGGGCGCAACACGCUCAUAGUCUUCAGAUAUCCAGCUGUACUUGGGAAGGGUUCUCAAGAGCUAUGCAGCUUGGGAGCUCCUAGCAGUUCUUUGGUGAAACUGCAAUAAGUUCUCCACCUUACCAGCUAAAUGUCCAUUCGGUAGGUACAGUUUAAGUCUAGUCGACCCAUCCUAAUGGGUGCUGUCCCAUCUCUAUCAGUUCAUCUGCUCAGUUGGACCCUAAUGCCUGAUGCAUUCUUGUAGGAUACUUACAGCUUGGGAACUACUUUUUGGUGUUUGGCCAGUUGUUUGGCCCCUCUAAGUAUGUGUGCAAAAAGGAUUGGUAUCAAAAAAUGUUCUGUUUCUCUCUGGUACAUAGCUCUGUCAAAUAGUACAGUACAGUAUCGUAUCUGAGGAAAUUGACAAACUUAGUAAUGGAAUUUGGCUUUACUUUUUUUGCUGAUGAACUCGUUUUAAUUCCUGUGCAAACAGAACGAGCCUUACUUAAACUCUCACAGGAUCAAAAAUCUGCUGCCUUGGGAAAUAUUUUAUUUCUGUCACAUAUUUUCUUCCUCAACAAGUCUGGAUAUUAUUAUUAUUAUAAAUAUUCAGACAUGUGUUGCUGACUAACCAUCUGCCCGCCCUGCUACAAGUUAAAAAAUGUUCUAGGGUGAAACAAGAAUAAUAAUCCCCUUUAUUGAAAGCUACGAUACAUGUCCACCAAGGCACAUGGACCUUUUAUACAGAUGUAGAAAGAUUAAUUUGUAUUGUAUUGGUACCCAUUUAUGGGAUAAACAAUUACUUCCCAACAGAUAAUAGGUACAGCAAAUAUGUUGUAUACCAUUAAGUCAUGUUGACAGGUAUGUAGGAUCAAAAGUCAUGACUGGGUAGAAACCAAAGAAUUCCUCAGAACUUGUUGGUCCUCAGACAUUCAUAAGUGAUCGACUUUCUACAGGAUUCUUUAGUUCCUACCUAAAUUUCCUGGAUUUUUUAUACUUAUUUUCAUACUUUUGCCCAUCGUUACUGUUGGUUAUGAUGACAACAUGUUGCGAGCUCACCAGCUGCUUUUCAGAGACACAAUGGAGAAGACACAAGACACCUUUAUAUGUCCUUCAGGUUCAAGUGCCAAACAAACAUUUUAGCAAAUUUUGGAUAAACUUCAGGUUUUAGAAAUGUGCAUGACGCUCAUCAAGCUUGCCCAAGUGGAUUUUGUUGCAAUUCCAAAUUUCCGAAGUCUCUGCAAUGCAUCUGGUGAAUACUAUAGUCAAACUCACGAAAACCCCAAAAUAAAACCCACACUAACGACAGAAAUUUGGCGGAGAGACAGAAAUGAUUUUGGUGCCAAUCCUUGUGCCACAUAUUGAGGGGGGGCAGAAUGACCAAUCCAGUGUCAUAAUUUAGGGAAAGCUGUGUUUUAGCACCUUUAUAUCAUCACAGUGAUCUCAAACCAUAACUGUUAAGGGAUCACAGCUAUAUGUUUCCUGGGAUGAGUCGACAUGUAGAGAAAAGAGAAGACAGCAGGUGUGUUUUUAUCAUCACAACAUCCCUCUCAGCCGUCCUGCAGGGGCUCUGUUACUCUGAUACCUUUCAUAUCAACCUUUGAUCCAUAAACCUUCACUCCACACCCGCCUUCCUCUCCUCUGUUGACUUUUUUUAUUCUUUAUUUUACGUUCUCUUGUUUUACUUACAAUUUUUUGCUGUACAAAGUGUUUAAAAUAUUAUUUGUAUUAUAUGAUGUUAGUAUGGUAAUGUUCUUUAUUAAGGAAGAAGAAAAUUUAUUUUUGUUACUGGUCUGUUUCAUAAUUCUUUUCUAAAUUGGUAUUGUAAGAUAUCUAUGCAAGAACUGUUAAGUGGAGCAUUUUUAUUUAAGAAUGUAAUAUGUGUAAUAAAUGGUAGAAUCUG